UUUUUUUUUUUUUUUUUUUUUACACAAACUGAUUUCAUCAUGAAUGUUUUAAAUCGUUCAUACAAUGUUGUAAAUAUUUUGAAACGAACAAUUUCUCAUAAGAAUGAUUUAUUAAAAUAUUCAUUUAAUUAUUAUUCUAAAUAUUAUACUACUAAAGGUCCUAAAACAGAAGAAAUUACUGAUACCCUUACUAUGAAUGCAACAACAGAAAAUACUUCUGUUGAUGUUCCAAAUUAUAGAAAUACUUGGUCGAGAAGUCAAAGAUCAAGAUUAGAUGCUAUUAAAGGACCUCGCUUUGAACAAACUGAUCUUGAAGCACAGCCGAGGCCAUUAGCAGCAAUUGAUUUAAUCGCUGAAGAACCAAUUCGUUAUGUAGAAGGAAGAGUUGCCGUUUGUCAUGGAGGUAAAGGUGCUUUAGGACAUCCACAAAUAUAUAUAAACCUGGACCAUCCAGGAGCUCAUGCUUGUGGUUAUUGUGGUAUAAGGUUUGAACAAAAACAUCAUUAAUAUUCUUUAAUAUUUAUAACCAUUAUUAUAUUAUUAUUAUUAGAAAAAAUUUAACUAUAAUACUUAGUUGAUUUAUUAGACUUUGUUGAUUUUUUUUGAAAAAUAAAAAUAAAAAUAAUCAUUUUUUAUUUUA